CUAGCCGGUUACUGAUUGGCAAAGUCGCACACCCAAGCAUUCCAGCCCAAAUCCGCCUGAGCCAACUCCGACACCCGACCCACUGAGCAUGCACCAUUCCUGGGAGACCUAAGCCAUGCUUAGUCUUCACCAUCUGCCCCCUGGCCUUUUGGUCACUCUGUCUGCGCCAUUGGUCACUAGCCUUCGCUCCCGACCCUUGCCGCUUCUCCGCUUUGCCACUGGUGAGGUUUUUGCCGCAACUCCGCAACUCCGCUGUUGGUUAGGUCGCUAUCAUGCUAGGACAACUGAAUCGCCCUCUUGUGAUCCGUUGAUCCGGAUGGGUACUGAACAGCACAAUGUCCCUGCUCCUAGCAACCCACCCAACUCAACCUCUGUCGCUUCGCCGGUCCUCUGAGACCUUCGACCCACCAUGUGCGCCUCUGAUGCCAGGCCCACUAUUGCUGCCUGUGCAGUCAUUCUGGAAAACUGGGCCAUGCCCUUUUCCAUCUCUGA